GGGGCUGAAGGAGGUGCUGGUUGGGUGCUGGUUGCGAGGGCUGGAAGAACAGAAAGAUGAAGGUUGUCAAUCUAAAACAGGCCAUUCUCCAGGCCUGGAAAGAGCGGUGGAGUGAUUACCAGUGGGCCAUAAACAUGAAGAAAUUCUUCCCCAAAGGAGCCACGUGGGACAUACUUAACUUGGCAGAAGCUCUUCUUGAACAGGCCAUGAUUGGCCCAUCACCCAACCCACUGAUCUUGUCCUAUCUGAAAUAUGCAAUCAGUUCCCAGAUGGUAUCUUAUUCCACCGUCCUGACGGCCAUCAGUAAGUUCGAUGACUUCUCCCGAGAUCUCUGCGUCCAGUCCCUGCUGGAGAUCAUGGAUAUGUUUUGUGAUCGGCUCAGCUGCCAUGGCAAAGCGGAGGAGUGCAUUGGCCUAUGCCGGGCCCUGAUGAGCGCCCUCAACUGGAUGCUGCGCUGCGCGGCCUUCUAUACGGAGAAGUUCAAAGAGAUGCUGGACCAGGCGGCUGCUGAGAACCAGCUGAAAAUGUGCCUGGAGCGGCUGGAGAAGAUCCUGGGAAGUGCCAAAAACCGGGCCCUGAUUCACAUCGGCAAGCUGGAAGAGACGUCUUCGUGGAGCACCAUAGAGCAGUCGCUGAUCAAACUGGGGGAGAAUCUGAGCAGCCUCAGCCACCCCCAGCUGCGCAGCCAGGCAGACGAGUGCAUUUCCCUGAUCAAGAGCAUACCCACCAUGCUCUCAGCCCACUCCGAGCAACUGAACAAAACCGGCUUCCCCACCGUGCAUGCCGUGGUGCUGCUGGAAGGAACCAUGAACCUCACGGGAGAGACCCAGCCUCUCGUGGAACAGCUGAUGAUGGUGAAGCGGAUGCAGCGCAUUCCUUCACCGCUUUUUGUGCUGGAGAUCUGGAAAGCCUGCUUCGUGGGCCUGAUCGAGUCCCCGGAGGGGACGGAGGAGCUGAAAUGGACGGCCUUCACCUUCCUUAAGAUCCCUCAGGUUCUGGUUAAACUAAAGAAAUACCCCCAGGGAGAGAAGGAUUUCACCGAGGACGUGAAUUGUGCCUUUGAGUUCCUGCUGAAACUCACCCCUCUGCUGGACAAAGCUGAUCAGCGAUGCAACUGUGACUGUACCAGUCUGCUCCUGCAGGAGUGUAGCAAGCAGGGACUGCUGUCUGAGGCCCACAUGACCAACCUGGUCGCCAAACGGACGGCCGACCGGGAGCAUGCGCCACGCUUGAAAUCGGCAGAGAAUGCCAACAUCCAGCCCAACCCGGGGCUCAUCCUGAGAGCCGAGCCCACUGUCACCAACAUCCUCAAGACCAUGGAUGCAGAUCACUCCAAAUCCCCCGAGGGGCUACUCGGCGUCUUGGGCCACAUGCUCUCUGGGAAGAGCCUGGAUCUGCUGUUGGCAGCUGCGGCAGCGACGGGGAAGCUGAAAUCUUUUGCUCGGAAGUUCAUCAAGCUGAAUGAAUUUACCAAGCACAUCAGCGGAGAAGGCUCCAAAGCUGCCUCCGUCAGGGCCCUGCUGUUCGACAUUUCCUUCCUCAUGCUGUGCCACGUCGCUCAAACCUACGGCUCUGAGGUGAUUCUCUCCGAGUCCAGCCCCACUGGGGAGGUGCCGUUCUUCGAGACCUGGAUGCAGACCUGCAUGCCGGAGGAGGGGAAAAUCCUCAACCCAGAUCAUCCCUGCUUCCGGCCCGACUCGACCAAGGUGGAAUCGCUGGUCGCUCUGCUGAACAGCUCCUCGGAAAUGAAGCUGGUGCAAAUGAAGUGGCACGAGGCAUGUCUGAGCAUCUCGGCAGCCAUCCUGGAGAUCCUCAAUGCCUGGGAGAACGGAGUGCUCACCUUCGAGUCGAUUCAGAAAAUCACGGAUAACAUCAAAGGGAAGGUGUGCAGCAUGGCCGUGUGCACCAUGGCCUGGCUGGUGGCCCACGUCCGCAUGCUGGGCUUGGAUGAGCGAGACAAGUCGCUGCAGAUGAUCCGGCAGCUGGCCACGUCCCUGCAAAGCGAGAACACACUGCAGUUCUACAACGAGCGCGUGGUGAUAAUGAGCUCCAUCCUGGAGCGCAUGUGCGCCGACGUCCUGCAGCAGACGGCGACGCAGAUCCGAUUCCCCUCCACGGGGACGGACCCCAUCCCCUACUGGAACCUGCUGCCCCCUAAGAAGCCCAUCAAGGAGGUCCUGACGGGCGUGUUCACCAAGGUGCUGGAGAAGGGCUGGGUCGACAGUCGCUCCAUUCACAUCUUCGACACGCUGCUGCACAUGGGGGGCGUCUACUGGUUCUGCAACAACCUGGUCAAGGAGCUGCUGAAGGAAACCCGCAAGGAGCACACGCUGCGGGCCGUGGAGCUCCUCUAUGCCAUCUUCUGCUUGGACAUGCAGCAGCUGACGUUAUCCCUGCUCGGCCACAUCCUACCCAGCCUGCUCACCGAUUCCUCCAAGUGGCACACCCUGAUGGACCCGCCUGGCAAGGCCCUUGCCAAGCUCUCUGUCUGGUGCGCCCUGAGCUCCUACUCCUCCCACAACAAGGGCCAGGCAUCGGCCAGGCAGAAGAAGAGACACCGAGAGGACAUAGAGGACUACAUUAGCCUGUUCCCACUGGACGACACCCAGCCGUCCAAGCUCAUGCGCCUGCUGAGCUCCAACGAGGAGGAUCCCAAUGUUCUGUCCAGCCCUACAGAUCGUUCGAUGAGCAGUUCGCUGUCUGCCUCCCAGCUUCACACCGUCAGCAUGAGGGACCCUCUCAACAGAGUCCUAGCGAACCUCUUCCUGCUGAUCUCCUCUAUCCUGGGGGCCAAGACAGCCGGCACGCACACCCAGUUCGUCCAGUGGUUCAUGGAGGAGUGCGUGGACUGCUUGGAGCAGGGCAGCCGCGGGAGCAUCCUGCAAUUCAUGCCCUUCACAAUGGUGUCAGAGCUGGUGAAAGUGUCCACCAUGUCCAGUCCCAAAAUUGUCCUGGCCAUCACGGAUCUCAGCUUGCCCCUGGGUCGCCGGGUCGCUGCCAAGGCCAUUGCUGCUUUGUGA